AUGAAGCUGUCCAGGGAUGGCAGCAGCAUCGCAUACACUGUGGACCCCGGGGAUGGGAGCGAGCGGCUGCAGGUUCAUGUGCAGCGGAUAGGCAGUGCAGGCCUCGGCACCAGGCUGCCCCAGCUGGAGGGCAGCGUCAGCAUCGAGUGGAGCCAUGACGGCAGCCACCUGUACUGCACCCGCGCAGACGGGCUGGGUCGGCCCAGCAGGGUGGAGAGGGUGGACGUUUCAGCGCCUGAGCACGCCAGGCCUGAGUGCAUCUGCGAGGAGCCGGAUGCUGCCUUCUGGCUGGACAUCGGCAAGACCAAGGACUGGAGGUACCUGGUGGUGAGCAGCAACGCCAAGCGCAGCAGCGAGGUCCGAGUACUGGACUGGGAGGCCGGGGAGGGACCAGGGAGCCUCCGCCUGGUCCACCCACGCUCGCCGGGGCUGGAGUACUUUGUGGAGCAUGCCGACGGGUACUUCUACAUGCUGAGCAACGCGCAGCGGGAGGACGGUCAGUACUCCCUCUUCCGGAUCCCGGCGGAAUCAUCCUCCCCAUCUCCCCCACCCGAGCGCUGGGAGUGUGUGGUUCCUGCGGGGACGCAGGGGCUGGUACUGGAGGACUUUGACGCCUUCCGGCGAUGUCUGGCCGUGUUUGCUCGUGACGCGGCCACCGGCCUCCCCCUCUUGGCCCUGCUCAAACUGGAAAGGGCGACCGGGGCCCCGCCCCAACUCGUCCCCGUGCCCCUCCCCGCCUGGGCCACCGCCCUGGACCCCGGCGCCAACGCGGACUUUGAGGCGGCCAGCCUCCGCGUCACGCUUUCCUCCCCUGGGCGUGUGCCCGUGGCGGCGGACGUGGACCUGGACGCCGGCGCGCUGCGCACGCUGAGCGGGGAGAGUCCCAGCGCAGCCGUGGGAACCCUGCGCACACAUGGACGAUCAUCCGACGGCACGCUGGUGCCGCUGACCAUCUCUCACGCCGGCCCCUUCCCCCCCGCCGGCGGCGCGCCUGCCUGGGUGGAGGUGUACGGCGCGUACGGGCGCUGCCUGCCCUGCGACUGGGCGCCGGAGCGCGCGGCGCUGCUGCAGGCCGGCUGGGUGCUCGCCGGCGCGCACGUGCGCGGGGGCGGGGAGCUGGGCAGGGCCUGGCACGCGGCCGGCCGCGGUGUGCACGGCUUGCAGGCCCGCGUCGAUGAUUUGGCGGCUUGCAUCGACGCGCUGGUGGAGCGAGGGUACACCAGCUACGACCGCAUCGUUCUCAGCGCGCACAGCGCGGGGGGCGUGGUCGCCGCGGGGCUGGUGCAGCGCGACCCCGGGGCGGUGGGGGCCCUGGUCCUGGAGGCGCCCUUCCUCGACGUGCUGACCGUGCAGUGCAGGCCUGACCUGGCGCUGACGGUGCACGAGUACGAGGAGUGGGGCGACCCGCACUCCACCGCCGGCUUCCUGCAGGCGCGGCGAGGGGGGGUGCAGACGGCCUGCCCGUACCAGGGCCUGAGGGGGGGCGCCUUCCCUCCCACCCUCAUCACCGCCUCGAGCACCGACACCCGGGUGCCGGUGUGGGGCCCCCUGAAAUGGGCUGCCAGGGCCCGGGCCAUGAACCAGGGGCCUGCGCCCAUCCUUGUCGCGCCCGACCUGCACGCUGGGCACGCUGCGCACGAGUCGCAGCGGCUGGAGCUGGCGGCCCUGCUGCAGGCCUUUGCCAUGCGGGCGCUGGGCCUGGCAUGA